GUGCUUGAACACACCAUGGUUAUUGAUUUGGCUGCAUCUUUAAUUUGUUUAUCCUUUUUCAAACCUUUCCACUGCUCCUGUUGGGGACGACCAGCACAGCUAGAUGCCUGCGAGGCGAGCGGAGAGGAAGAGACGGAGGACUCGGACGCUGUUGCGCAGGAUGAUUCACGUGUAGGAAAAAAAAGGCAGAGCCCAGUGCAGAGCAGGCAGCCGCUGGGACCAGUGCUCAGGACCAGGUUCAGCCCAGCCUCCCCCUCAGAGCUGGAGACCCUCUCCCCGCCUCGUCUGCCGCCCUCGCCCCGUGCCCCCUUCGGUGACAUGUACCCUGAAGAGAGCCGGGGCUCCGGAGGGGCAGCUGCUGUGGACUUCCUAGAGGGGAUGUACGACUACGCCGCCCCCACCCCUGCCCCGACUCCUCUGUACAGCAACUCCAGCGCCGGGUACUUCUCUGCUCCUCUGGACGCUCACGGACCCACGUCUGAAGGCAGCCUUCAGUCUCUAGGAAGCGGGUCCACUAGUCCACUCGUGUUUGUGCCCACCAGCCCRAGGCUCAGCCCCUUCAUGCAUCCUCCUGGCCACAACUAUCUGGAAACAGCCUCGACACCGGUCUACAGAUCCAGCCACCAGCCAGCCUCCAGAGAGGACCAGAGUGACGCCCGUGACGAGGCGUGCGGCGUGGGGGAGUUGGGGGCCGGGGCCGGGGGCUUCGAGGUGGCCAAGGAGACGCGUUUCUGCGCCGUGUGCAGCGACUACGCCUCCGGGUAUCACUACGGGGUGUGGUCCUGCGAGGGCUGCAAGGCCUUCUUCAAGAGGAGCAUUCAGGGUCACAAUGACUAUAUGUGCCCAGCGACCAAUCAGUGUACUAUUGACAGGAAUCGGAGGAAGAGCUGCCAGGCUUGUCGUCUUAGGAAGUGUUACGAAGUGGGUAUGAUGAAAGGAGGUGUGCGCAAGGACCGGGGUCGUGUGCUGCGGCACGACAAAAGACGGGGCGGAGACAGAGACAAGGCUGCCAAAGGCUUGGAACACAAAGCAGUGACCAAUCACGAUGGGAGGAAACGCAGCGGCAGCAGCAUCGGUGGUGGAGGAAGAGCUCCGUUAACGAGUCUUCCUCCGGAACAGGUGCUCCUCCUGCUCCAGAGCGCCGAGCCGCCGAUUCUGUGUUCCCGUCAGAAGCUGAGCCGACCCUACACCGAGGUCACCAUGAUGACCCUGCUCACCACCAUGGCCGACAAGGAGCUGGUCCACAUGAUCGCCUGGGCCAAGAAACUGCCAGGGUUUCUGCAGCUGUCGCUCCACGAUCAGGUUCUGCUGCUGGAGAGCUCGUGGCUGGAGAUUCUGAUGAUCGGGCUCAUCUGGAGGUCAAUCCACUGCCCAGGAAAGCUCAUCUUCGCCCAGGACCUCAUACUGGACAGGAACGAGGGCGACUGCGUCGAGGGCAUGACGGAGAUCUUCGACAUGCUGCUGGCCACCACUUCUCGCUUCCGCAUGCUCAAACUCAAACCCGAGGAGUUUGUCUGCCUCAAAGCCAUCAUCYUGCUCAACUCCGGUGCCUUUUCUUUCUGCACCGGCACGAUGGAGCCCCUCCACGACAGCUUGGCGGUCCAGAACAUACUGGACACCAUCACCGACGCGCUCAUCCACCACAUCAGCCGGUCGGGGUUCUCCGUCCCAGAGCAGGCGAGACGACAGGCCCAGCUGCUCCUGCUGCUGUCCCACAUCAGACACAUGAGCAACAAAGGCAUGGAGCACCUGUACAGCAUGAAGUGCAAGAACAAAGUGCCUCUGUACGACCUGCUGCUGGAGAUGCUCGACGCCCACCGCCUCCACCGUCCCUUCAGACCAUCUCAGCCUCUGCCCCAAACUGACAGGAUCCCCUCCUCCUCCUCCUCCGGCAGCUCCGGUGAAGGCAGCAGCUCGUCCUCCAUGGGCUCCGGUCCGAGCAGGAACCCGUCAGGUCCGAGCGUCCUGCAGUACGGAGGCUCUCGUCCCGACUGCACUAACACCGUGUGAGUCGGACACCAAACAUCGGCCGGAGUCCAGACGGAGGAGGUGAAGACAGUUUCAGAUUUCAUUUCAUUAGAGAAUUAUUUAUGAAUGAAAUAAGUCUCAGAAUAAUCUGAGCUUCAGCGCCACUAAUCAGAUUCACUUUAACGAGAUAGUUCAGAUGUUUAGAAGUGGGGUUAUGAACAAUUAAUAUCUUACCUGGUAUAGAUAGCUCUUUGAACGACCUCAGCUUAAAGAAAUAGUUUAUUUCUGACCAGAAAGAUGAGGUAACGGCUAUUCUGAGCAGGGCCAAGACCAAAGUGGGCUGAAAAGUUUAUAAUAGUUUAAGAAGACGGACUUUAGUUCUGGCCCCACGUGGACUAGCCGCUAGCUCGUCAGUCUAGUCGAGCUCUGAGGCUGUUCAAAAAGCGUUUAUCUGCAACAGGUAAGAUAUUAAUUAAUUAAAAAGAAAACUGUGCUUUUAUUAUGUGUAAUUUUUAAUUUGUUUCGUUGCAGCUUUUGGUCACAUGGUGGCACUCUGUUAGCGUAGCUACAGUUUGAAAUGAGCAGCUAAUUUUUGUUUUUUUCUGUCGACCAAAGUGCACUUCCUCUUUGAUCGAAGGGGUUAACGGGCAUUAUUUUUACUUUUGCAUAUAAAAGAUGAUUACACGUUAAGCUUUUAAAAUGAACUGUGGCUGAAAUUCGAUGGAUUUCAGACAGCGGAGAGCACUGAUUAUACGCUAAAAGAAAGCCCAGAUGGAUUGUUUAUUAUAAUUCUCUGUGCACUUCUGAGAUUGUUUCUGAGGCUUACUAAUUUUUCUCUGAAUUUCCGUGUUAAAUAUGUGUGCGUUUGUGAGUGUGCGCGUUUUCAGCAUCGAGGCUGCAGAAAACCGAAAGACGGGAGAACACUGUUCAGGUUGGUUUGAAUUCAGCCGGUUUGUGUUUCUCCUGAAUCCAGAGGACGCACGUCGAGUUCGGCUGGAUUUACCCACCCGCGAGCUCAAAUGUCACAAACUUUUGUUUUUGUUUCUGCAUCAACAGGAGAGAUCUGAUUUCGAUGUGAUUGAACGUUUUGUUGCUUUCGUGUGUUGAACACCUCUUGGUCGCCAAAUAAAAUUCAUCCUGGAAAAACGUGAA